AAAUAUUCCUGUGCCAUCGUGCUGCUCUUCUGCUGUGUACUGUACAUCUCCGCCACCGAUUUGCUCGGGGAGGAAGGUCUGCAGGAGAGAGAUAAUCGUCUUCAAUCUGGUUUGCCCACAGACAAUGGUGAAGUCACUGUCCUGCAGGCAGGAAGGCACGAGUUCCCCUUCACCUUCCAGCUCCCCGAGACCCUGGCUACCUCCUUCGAGGGGAAGCACGGCAGCGUGCGCUACUGGGUGAAAGCCAAACUGCACAGACCCUGGUCGACAGUGAAGAAGGUGAAGAAGGAGUUCACUGUGAUUGAACCCAUCGACAUCAACACGCCUGCACUGCUGGCUCCCCAGGCAGGCGCUAGGGAGAAACUCGCUCGUGCCUGGUACUGCAAUCGUGGCCAGGUCUCCGUGACUGCCAAGAUUGACCGAAAAGGCUACACUCCAGGUGAGGUCAUCCCUAUCUUUGCCGAGAUCGACAACUGCACAAGCCGAGCAGUGGUGCCCAAGGCGGCCAUCAUCCAGACUCAGACCUUCAUCGCUCGGGGCACCAAGAAGCAGAAGAAGGCGGUGGUGACCAGCAUCGUCGGUGACUCCAUUGCAGCGGGGAAGCGGGAAGUGUGGCACGGGCGGGCGCUGAAGAUCCCGCCGGUGGGUCCGUCCAUCCUCCAGUGCCGCAUCCUCCAGGUGGAAUACUCGCUGAAGGUUUGUGUGGAUAUUCCUGGGACGUCCAAGCUGCUCCUUGAACUGCCGCUUGUCAUCGGAACGAUCCCGCUGCAUCCGUUCGGGAGCCGCACGUCCAGUGUCAGCAGCCAGUACAGCGUCAACCUGGACUGGCUGAGCACCAUCCCGGAGCAGCCGGAGGCUCCCCCCGAAUACUCGGCGGUUGUGUCCAGUCCGGAGGCCGAGCAGAGCCUGGCUCCGCCGUGCCGCAGCGAACUCGGCGGCAUCCUGGAAGGUCCCUUCUUCGCCUACAUCCAGGAGUUUCGCUUCCGACCACCUCCUCUGUACUCGGAGAUUGAUCCAAACCCUCCUUCAGACAACAUCCGUCCACGCUGCAUGACCUGUUGA